GUGAGGCCAUCUAAGCGUGUAACUCUUAAACCCUUUAAACCUCUGCCCCGACUGUUGAAGCUCCAAGAUGCAGGGUGUUGUUAGAAAACUAACCACCACAAUUUCACAUAGACGAGUUAUAGGGUUUCGUUUGUACUGCACUGACAAGGUUGUUGAUGUUGGACAACCAACGCCGGCAUCUCAUCCGCAGCUACUAAAAGAUGGGGAGCUCACACCAGGCAUAUCUAGUGAGGAAUACAUCCUAAGAAGAAAAAAGUUGUUGGAACUUCUCCCAGAGAAGAGUUUGGCAAUCAUUGCCGCUGCCCCUGUAAAGAUGAUGACGGAUGUUGUGCCGUAUACAUUUCGACAAGAUGCUGAUUACUUGUAUAUCACUGGCUGCCAACAACCUGGUGGUGUGGCUGUUUUAGGACAUGACUGUGGUUUAUGCAUGUUCAUGCCAGAAGCUAAGCCUUAUGAUGUGAUUUGGCAAGGGCAAAUAGCUGGAGUUGAUGCAGCAUUACAUACAUUCAAGGCUGACAAGGCAUAUCCAAUAAGAAAAUUGCAGGAGAUCCUUCCAGAUAUGAUAAGGGGAUCCUCAAAAUUGUUCCACAAUGUUCAGACUGCAACUCCAGCAUAUAUGGAACUGGAGGCCUUCAGAAAGCUUGUGCAUAAUAACAAUGUAAGGGAUCUAUCUGUUUACACGCAUCAGCUGCGAUGGAUAAAGUCACCAGCAGAGCUCAAGCUGAUGAAGGAGUCUGCAUCAAUUGCUUGUCAGGCUCUUUUGUCAACAAUGCUGCAUUCAAAGACAUACCCCUGUGAAGGUAUGCUAGCUGCAAAGUUUGAAUAUGAAUGCAAAAUGAGAGGUGCCCAGCGAAUGGGGUUCAAUCCUGUGGUUGGUGGUGGGCCUAAUGGAAGCAUUAUACAUUAUUCUAGAAAUGAUCAGAAAAUUAAACAUGGAGAUCUUGUUUUGAUGGAUGUUGGAUGUGAGUUAAAUGGUUAUGUCAGUGAUCUUACUCGUACCUGGCCGCCUUGUGGUAGCUUUUCUUCUGCCCAGGAAGAGCUUUAUGAGCUUAUAUUGGAAACGAAUAAGCAUUGUGUGGAACUUUGUAAGCCUGGUGCCAGCAUACGUCAAAUACACAACUAUUCGGUUGAAAUGCUGCAGAAAGGACUGAAGGAGAUUGGAAUUCUGAGAGGCAUCGGAAGCAGUUCCUAUCAUAAGCUGAACCCAACUUCUAUAGGUCACUAUCUAGGAAUGGAUAUUCAUGAUUGUUCAAUGGUCAGCUUUGACUGUCCUCUGAAGCCAGGUGUUGUAAUAACUAUUGAACCAGGAGUAUACAUCCCAUCUUCUUUUGAUGGUCAAGAGAGGUAUCGAGGCAUUGGUAUAAGGAUUGAGGAUGAGGUUCUCAUCACCGAAACAGGUUAUGAGGUACUAACAGCAUCAAUUCCAAAAGAAGUGAAGCACAUUGAGUCCUUGCUAAACAAUUUCUGCUAUGGAAUAGGGAUUGAUAGCCAAAAUAACUUGAGAGCUACAUCCAAUUGAUAUUGUCCAGACACAUACAAGAACUAGGACAGUCAAUGCUUGAGAUGUGCAUGGUGUUGUCCUAAUUCUAGGAGCGGUAACUCAAUUAUUUUUAUCCUUUAUUUUUUGGCCUCCUGCAUAUUUACUUCAACCUGGGCAGCAUGUACUCUACAAGACUACAAUCUUGAGGGGGGAAAUCAAGAGAAAAUUGUGGACAAUUAGUUGUUCAUUUCCUGCCUGGUAUUUCAUUGCUGUAAAUGAUAGAUGAUAUCAUGAAAAUAUGCCAACUCCUGAUAAAUUGUUCACAACAGUUUGAAUGUAAUCUUUUACACAAACUCUGACAAAUAUAGUAAUAAUCUGGAGAAACCCUCUAUGAGAAGAUUUGGUGAAGUCA